UUCAUCCCUUGGCUGGCCGCUCUCUGCCAGGCUGCGUGUGGGACAGCAGAGGUGAUAAUCAGCAGUGGCUGCAGGGACUUUCUUGUCCCUGUUGUUGUGCCUCGUGGAGCAGGGACUCCCAUUUGGUCUCUGAUAACUCAGCCCCCCUCUGCCAUUGCUUGAGCCCACCUCCCUGUAAUCCCCUUUUCUCUCAGUCAACCAUUAGUUUCCUCCUGAACAGGAACUGCUCUCAAUCCCCCGGCUUCUUGAGAACACAUUGAGUGAAGAAAGUCUGGAGCAUUCCCUGCAGGGACAGUAGGUCAAAGAGGCAAAUCUGAAGGUGACUCUGCAGCUUUUGCAGCUGUCGAUCAGGAGUUACUGAGGUCUCUGUGUCCGUCUCUUGCUGGCUACUGGUGUUGUUACUGUCUGUCCGUCCAGAGCGGAGAAAGCUGAACACAGAGGGCCAGAAAAAGUGGCCUUAACAGAGUUUGUUGUGUUUGGGUCACAGCUGGUUUUCUGCAGCCGGUUAUAGGUGUAAAGGCUUCUGGUGGUGAUUCCAAGUCCACCGUGUCAUGCAAGCUUGGGAUUGGACAAGAGCUACUGAGAGUGUAAAAACAAGCCAAACAAAAAUGCUGGGAAAAGGACAGUGUAGCGGAUACGUCCCUGAGAUGAACGAAGCACUGCAGAGCAUAAGAGCACCAUCACUGGACAGCACAGAGAAAAAGGGCCAUCAGGCAGGUGUUCAGCUACCAGGCAAUGUGCAGACUGGACCUCAGCAGCAGAACCAGCUCCUCCUGACGCCAGCAAGCCUCCAGCUCGCUCAGCUCCAGGCCCAGCUCACCCUCCAUCGACUCAAACUGGCUCAGGAGGGAAACACGGCCAACGCUGCGAGCAUCCUCAAUCAGUUAAUCUCCAAUGUCAACAUGUCACAGCCUAUGUUAAAUCAAUUAAGGAAUUCAUCUCUGGUCGGUAUUCCACAGGGGGCUUUCCCCACUAGGAUGAUUGGUUUCCCUUCUUCAAACUCAGUUGUUGGGACCUUGGUGGGUGGGGGAUUCAACCAAAACUCAGGGAAUGUGAGACUGGAUCAUCCUGGUGGAGGGGGGGGUAAAGGUCAACACGGUGGGGAGUAUGGAAAAAAGCCUGGAUCAGCUUACUCCUCUGGCACGGACAGAUGUGUUCAGUACAGCUUACCUGGAGGAACGUCUGCUGAAGAACAGUACACAGGGAUUCAAUCUCAGGCCAAAAACAUGAACAACGUUGGCUUUCACAGAGACUUUUAUGGGCAGGACAUGCAGGCAGAGCAUGGGUUUAUCUCCAACGAGCAAAUGAACUCCACUGCACACAAGGAGCAAUGGAAAGGCCAUAACAACUUAAACCAGACUGGGACGGUGAACAUGCCUUCAAGCAAUGCGACAGCACGGCCUUCAGCUGGGCAGCCGAUUUGGCUCAGGACAGAACUAUACAACCCAGAAGAGCCGACCCCUGAACCCAAGCUAAACUGCUACGGCGGGGUUUCCUCUUUUGGCUCCAGCAGCACUCAGGGCUUCGGAAUCUACCAGGCUCUGCACGGAGCUCAGGAAUCCUUACCGUCAGCUACUAGGACCCUACAGCCCCAUCAAGUCAGCGAUUAUUGCGGCGUCACACCCUCUCAGCUGCCACAUCAGUGCAGCAUCUGCGACAAAAAGGUCUAUAACCUCAAGGACUGGGACCAGCAUGUGAAGGGAAAACUGCACCUGCAGAAUCGAACUUUGUAUGCUGCUGACAGCUCAACAGCAGCAUCGGCCGGAGCCCCUCAGUAUGCCGUCGGCAGGUCAUCUGAGGGAAGUCUGAACACUGGAGGGACGAAUGCCACAACCUGCCCCAAAGCAGGCCAAGAUGUUUGCUCAGAAACCAACGUGCAAUACUUGCCAGCUGGAGCAAUGAAAACUUAUCCUUCAUCAGACGGAGUAUUUGCCUCCCACCAGCCCGACUCAACGCCCUUUCCACCAAGAAAAGCCUCUGCAGGCCGAGUCGUUCACAUCUGCAACCUGCCUGAGGGCAGCUGUACAGAGAAUGAUGUCAUCAACCUGGGAAUACCGUUUGGAAAAGUCACCAACUACAUUCUAAUGCGCUCCACCCAUCAGGCCUUUCUGGAGAUGGCCUAUGUUGAGGCAGCUAAGGCCAUGGUUCAGUACUAUCAGCUAAAUCCUGCCACCAUUAACAAUCAGAAACUCCUCAUACGAAUGUCUAAGAGAUACAAGGAGCUGCAGCUUAAGAAGCCAGGUAAAGAUGUUCAAUCAAUCAUCCAGGAUAUUACCUCACAGCAGGAAAGGGAUAAGAUGCAAGAGUUUGAACACUAUCUUCCAGACAGAGCACGCUCUCGCAGCCCCAUCAGCCGCUCUCUGAGUCCUCAUUCCCACAGUCCCAGUUUUACAUCAUGCAGCUCUGCCCACAGUCCCCCAGUGGCACCAUGCAGGGGUCCGGACAGGGGCAGUAACGGCCUAAGCCCUCACCGGGGUUCAAGAGACUGGCCAUCCCAUAUGAGAAGGGGAGAGGAAGAAAGGGAGCGUGACGAUCCAUGGAGGAAUGGUGGCAAUAUGGGUGACAAUCAACCUAAUGGGAGGACAGCAGACCGUCGGAGGAACUACCACAAACACCUGGGUCAUCCCGGCUUCAGAUCUGCAGAUGGACAUGGAAGUGGUGAAGCACCAAGGAGCAGCAGAGAGUGGCACCAACGGGACAGUCCUCUGGGAUCAUCCUUCAGCUCUUACAGGAACAUGGAGGAUGAUUUAUUCAUGGAGUCAUCAUACAAGUCAGGUAAACCACCGAGGACGUCUCAUCAUAGACAUGACACAAAGUCCAGGCGAAGGGAUGGGGACCACUCUGGUCGGUCAAGGCAUUCUGAGUUUGAGACAACGGAUGGGCCUCGGUGUCGAACACCAGAGGACAAGAGGCAGAGUUCAUCUGGAAGAGACAGGAGCAAAAACCCAAGCAAGAGACACACUGAGAAACAGGGGAAAGAAAAUGGUGACGACAAGUUCAAAGAAAACUCUGUUUUGCCUCAACAAGGCAGCAAGUCAAAAGAGGCUACUGAAAGUGACAAAAACACAGAGACUCAGAAUGUUGUGGAAAGUGUUGAAGAUACAGAUGAAGAAUGCUGGUACCCGAAAAACAUGGAGGAGCUAGUCACUGUCGAUGAAGUGGGAGGAGAAGAUGAUAACAUCGUUGAGCCAGAUAUCUCUGAGCUUGAAGAGUUUACUUCAUGCCAUAAAAAGCCUACAGUUGAAGAACUAGAAGAGAAGCAUGUUUCACCAUCAACGCCCCCAGCAGAGUUACAGGAGCCAGUUGACCAUGCACCUAAACUGGAGGAGUCUUCAGAGGAUAAAGGAGUGGAAGCAUCGAAAGCUGAAGCUGACAAAGCAGCAGAUAUAACCGCUUUAACCAGUCUUGACAGCAAGAAAGCAAAUUCAGAAACAACCGAUCAUAAAGUUGCUGAGCUCAGCAGCUUCCCCAAUGAAGAGUUUAAAGCAGCACUCGAGGAAACUUGCUCAGAGGACACCAAAUUCCCCAACAACGAGGCACCAGAUGAACCAAUGGAAAAUCAUGUAUGUUUAGCAAAGGACAAUGAAUGCCAGGAUGAAAGAGACACCUCAGAAAAAAUACCAUUGGAAGUUCAACUGCAAGAUGCCAAUCUAAAAAGAGAAAUAGAAGCUCCCUCACCGUCUCUGCAUCAAGACAAAGCUGUCAGUGAACUCAGUAUACCUUUGGGGGUGGAGUUCAUUGAGCCAAGGACAGGCUUUUACUGUAAACUCUGUGGGCUGUUUUACACAAGCGAGGAUGCAGCAAAAACGACUCACUGCCGCAGCACCGUACACUACAGGAACCUGCAGAAAUAUCUGUCCCAGCUGGCGGAGACGUGCCUAUCGAGUGCUCUGACUGAAGCCCCUGCAGCUCACUAACACCAGCUGAACUCUUCACCUCUGGAACAGCACACAGCAUGUGUGAAGCUACACAGAGAGAAAAAACAAAACAAAAGCAACGUGAAAAAAGAAAAGCUUGAAUUUAUUUCUGGACUGUUGUGGUAGUUUUUAAUUAUGUUUUAAAUUAUACUAAAAUGUCUUGAAUUGUUCUGUUUGUACAUACUUAAACUGAAAUGUAAAGGAGGUUUACACUAUGCACUGCUCUUUAAUAACUACUGCCUUCCAUACAGAUUUAUUAUAGAGUUUUAUGAGAAAAAAAAUUUUUUUAAACUAUUUAUAUGACAAAAGCAAAUUAUUUUAAGUACAUCUGAAAUUAUGUCAAUUUAUCUUAAAUAAAAUAACAGAAUUAAGAUUGAGAAAAAAAUGAUCUACACAUGAAAUAAAAGUUAUUUGACUAAAACCUUUAUAUUUUUAGCUUGCUUAAAGUGGCUUUAAAGAAAUCUGACUGAAAAGACUACUGUCUAAACAUUCUCUGUAGAGAGAGCGAGACUUAUGAUGGAUAGAGAAACAUCCUCUACUAAAGGAAUUAAAGUACUUUUUUUUAUUCUCUUUUUUUUUUUUUUUUUUUUUUUUACUUUAUGGGAUUUCAGUGCACUAUUCAACCUCCAGAGGGUGCUCCAAUGUAAAUCCAGGUCUCUUUAUUGGUUUAUUAUCUGUCUAAAACUGUAAUACUGAGGUUUUUUUUUAUUUUAUUUUUGUCAACAAAUGGCUGUGGAAUGGGAUUCCCUGAAACACAGGAUGCCUCUAAACUUUAAAAGAUAUCCAAAGCUUCGUAAACAAAUAGGGGAAGUUCUUGUUUUCAUUCUAACAUCAUAGUCUGUUGUUUGGGGAAGGCUGUCAUAAUUCUCACCUCCAGCUUUUCUCCUGCAAUGGGAAAAAAUGUCUUUUCAUUUAUGACACGAUAAUUGUUGAGCCCCAGAAAAAUACUGUGUAUAACGAAUCGUGUAUAUUAAGUAAAUACACUGAGUUUAAUCAGAAAUUGUGUGACAUUAAAGGCAACGCUAAUCUAAUUAAAUGUAAAAAAAAAAAAAAAAAAAAAAGCUACUAUAAUGUUCUGCCUGUCAACACAAUACCUAAAAUAAACAUGUUUUUUAUUUUAUGCCUCAGAUGGUCCAACUUUCUCAACCGCUUUCUAGAGUACAAUGUACUAAAUUAAAGACCGUUCAUUACAGAAUUAAAGAAGAAACGUAGUUUACAGUAGAAAAAAAAACCAUUUGGCAGAGGUGCAUCCUAAAGAAACAAAGAAAAUCUACAUGAAAUGAACUA